UCCUAUAAAUUAAAUUUAUUACACUUACUAUACUUUCAAUACGAAGUCAUCUCUUUAUUUGACUUUUAGUUAUGGAAAACCCAGACAAUGCUUGGAACGAUAUAAUCGGAAAUGGUGGUUCGAAAAAGAACGAUACGAUCGACUCAGUGAUUGACGCUUUUAAUAGUGUUAUCUCCACUAACUCUGAUGCGAUCCUAGGCUCUGGUUGGAAUACGUCUAAUAAGAAAAAUGUUGAACUUAAGACAAAAGGCAGUGAGGUCGCUUCAAAAUCGUCCUGGGGAGGAUCUUUUAGUACCACCAGUAAUCAAGAUGAGAGUGAAAAUUCAUGGAAUUCUUGGGGUAAUGGUAGUAGUUCUUGGGAUAAUAAUAAUAAUAAUAGUGGUGGUUGGGGAAAUGAUGAUAAUCAAAAUUAUCCUACUAAUAAUAUUAAUUCUGGGUACACGGAUGAUAGAAGAAAUUACCAAGAUGUAAAUAAAACAAAUUCAUAUACGGAUAAUAAUAAUAGAUAUUAUGAAUCUACAGAUGCGAAUCAAGUUAAUAAUGAUGACAUGCACAUGAACAAUAAUAAUAAUUUUAGCAAAACUCAUAAGGAGUAUGACAAUCAAACUCAUGGACAACAACAACAUUCAAAUUAUGAAGCUCAGGAAAGUCCUUCACCGUCAGAAUCUGAAACAUCAACGGAUCAGAAUUCCGAAACAAUCAGUCCAGAUGAUAUAAAAAUGAAAUUAUCAGCAUGGCAUAGUCUUGCUGAUCCAAAUACAAAAGAACGAGGCGAUGGUUUAGGUGGAGGUCAAUUGCAUCGUCGCGGUAAAAAUUAUAUUCCUGUGGAUGAGAGAACCGUUUUAGCUAUACAACAAAAAGGUGGUGGCCAUAGGAGACCAAGUAGGGGGGUCUCGGGAAAGCCUAUACCAAAAACCAAAGUUUUUACAAAACCACCCAUAAAAUCGGCCAUGGCAACAAAACCAAUUAAUAAUGUUCCAACACAAAAACCACCUGCUACUCAGAAAAUUCUUAAUGCAACUGUCCCAGUUAAGGUGGCAGCUCCUCAAAAUCAAAAACAAAAUACACAACCAACACCUCCGAAUCGAGCGCAACAGCAAACCCAACAAACAUCAAAAAAACCAUCUCCACCACCUUCACAAUCUUCACAACGUCAACCUUUACGGGAUGUUGUUCCACAACCUUCUCGAGAUACUUCUCGAGAUGUUUCGCAACCUUCUCGAGAUGUCUCACAACCUUCUCGGGAUACUUCACGACCUUUACGGAAUCCUUCACCAUCUUCACGACCUCAGCGUUCUCAACAGCUUCAGCAGCCUCAGCUGUCUCAGCAAACCCAGCAACCUCAAAAACAAAAUUCAUGGUCUCCGCAAUUGGUUAAUACGCCUUUUUGGGAAUCUUCAAGUCCUCCACCUAGUCCUCCACCUAUUCAACAUCCUUCGCCAAGACAAUAUGCAAAUGAGGCGAUUUCAAAUAAAUCCCAACCUAUUCGACAUCAGUCACCUGCUCGUUCUCCACGACCAGCAAAACCUGUACAAGAUUAUACCUUGCCGUAUAUUCCCCCAGAGUUUGAUUCGACUCCAUACCGAAAGCAACCAUCUCCUUCACCUGUUCGUGAUAAACCACAUAUAUAUAAUGACCCAGAUUGGAAAGGUAAUAAAUAUUAUGAACAGGGUAAUAAUGUCGAAAAUCAACGGAAUGAAUAUUAUGAUGAUUAUGAUGAAAAUGGUUUCGAAGGACAACAGAAUAAAUCCGGUCACAUAUCAAGAUAUAAUGAACCAGAGAAGGAGCAAGCAUCACGCGUUGAUCGCUAUGAUCGUGGUGAACUACUUCUUACUAUAAAUGUCGAACUUUCAGAAGGUAAAACACAGGCCAUCGAAGUUCAUGUACAUGAUGAUCCAAUGGAUUUAGCAAAAGACUUUUGUGACUUAUGGAAGGUUACAAAUCCUGUGCUUAUCUGUUUGCGAUGUUUUAAAGAAUAUAGUGGUAGCUCCAUGUAUUUCUGCUGCGAAUUAGACAAAUACAUCAAUAAAUACAAAUAAUACUAAUAAAAUAGAAAAUAUUACUAUUUAUGUUCUAUUUCUUUUGUUUACUUUUUAUAGCGUGAUAUUGCAACAAAGGUCAAUUUUAAGCUAACAUCACACAAUCACACACAGCCUUAACUUCUUUCAAAUUUAGUAACAAUGACAGUUAGUCAGGUUAUUCUGCAUACUAAUAUAUCACUUGAUGAAAUGUACUGUCAAAUGUUUAAUU